UCCCUCUUCAUUGUCUCCCGCCUCCACGCUUUCCGCUCCAACCCUCACGAUGUCUUCAAUUGCUGCCAUGGCCUCUCGCCGGGCCUUUGCCCGCCAGGCUCUUUUCCGCGCUCCCCAGCGCCGCCUCUACAGCUCCAAGCUGGAGGAAGCCAGCCUCGACAAGGCUCCUAAGCGUGAUCCCGAGCUCUAUGUACUGCUCGCUAUCAUGUCUGGUGCUUUCCUCGGUGCCGGCUGGUACUUCGGCAAGAAACCCACCUCCGUCACCUCCGAGAGCAACGUCCGUAUCCCCGAUAGUUCUAUGCCCUGGGAGCGUGAGGAUGCCAGUGGCAAGUCCUACAAGUACCAGUACCACCCCAACGGUGACAAGAGCCAGCCCCUCAGAAACGCUCCCAGCGCUCUGAACACCGUCAUUAUCCCCAAUGUCACCCUGCCAGAGGAUCUUCAUGAGCGCUUCAACAAGUACGGCAAGGAAGAGUACGACUUCUAGACAAGUUAUACAGCUACCGCGGAGGAAUAUGAUAGUGAUUUUUUUUUUCGAGUUGAGAGAGGGGCCUCUUGCUGUACACUAAAAUUGCUGUGAAGAUUAGAGUAUGGAGUGAGGCUUUGUUUUUGACAAGAGCUUUGUGCAUAGUUCGUUUUUGACGUGAAUCAAUUGGAGAUUCUUUGUUUUUGCUUGAUGCUCUGUAGCCUGAAAUCACGGAUUUAUUAUCAUCAUAUGUAUGGCCACACCACUCGUUAGAUCAAAAUAAGAAGGAAAAAAGAAAAAAAGAAAGAAAAAAAACCAUUAUUGUUUAAGAAAUACAGAGAAGUUGAUUUUGUUAGAACACAAAUAAUGAACAGAUAAGAAAUGUGUGGAGAG